AUGAGAGCCGGACUUGACCACUGGGUGGAUAUACUAGUUCUUGUUGUGUAUUUUGUCCUUGUUAUGGUCGUUGGAUUAUGGUCUAUGUGCAGGAAAGAAAAGAAUACAGUGAAAGGCUAUUUCUUAGCCGGGAGGUCUAUGCUCUGGUUUCCGAUUGGUGCCUCGCUGUUUUCUAGUAACAUUGGAAGCGAGCAUUUCAUCGGUUUAGCAGGAAGUGGCGCUGCCUCUGGUAUUGGUGUCGUUGCAUUCGAAUGGGGCGCCGCUAUUUGUUUACCGUUGCUGGGAUGGGUCUUCCUUCCUAUCUACCUAUCCUCAGGACUGUUCACAAUCCCGGAAUUUCUGCAGAAACGUUUCGGUGGAAAUCGACUUAGAAUAUAUCUGAGCUGUUUAGCCUUGUUCUUAUACAUAUGUACUAAGAUAUCGGUUGACGUAUACGCUGGUUCUGUGUUUGUACAGCAGGCUUUGGGUUGGAAUACCUAUAUUUCUAUCACUGCAUUACUUGUCAUUACUGCGGUAUACACAGUAGCAGGUGGGCUGGCCGCUGUGAUAUUUACGGACACGCUGCAGACUGUCAUCAUGUUAGGAGGGGCUGUAACUCUGUCAAUAUUAGCAUUUAUAAAAGUUGGAGGAAUUAGCGGAUUGAUGUACAAGUAUUUCCAUGCCGUUCCCGAACAGACUGUGAUUCUUAAUAUUACCAAUAAUACGACGUUUGGGAACGACUCCCUCUCCACGUGUGGAAUUCCCCGAAAAGAUGCGUUUCAUAUUCUUCGUGACCCUGUGACCUCUGAUCUACCCUGGCCCGGAGUCCUUAUCAGGUCGACGUUUGUGUCCACAUGGUACUGGUGUGCGGAUCAGGUCAUAGUGCAGAGAGCUUUAGCGGCCAAAAACAUUGCUCACGCGAGAGGGGCGUCAAUCAUGGCGGGCUUUCUGAAGUUUCUACCCCUGUUUCUCAUUAUCAUGCCCGGAAUGAUCAGUAGAGUGUUGUUUCCAGAGUCUGUAGCUUGUAACUCCGCAGAGAAAUGUAUGGAGGUUUGCGAGAAUCCUGUUGGAUGUUCCAAUAUUGCCUAUCCCCAGCUUAUACUAGGGCUAGCUCCUAUUGGCAUGCGCGGACUGAUGAUGUCUGUCAUGAUGGCAGCGUUGAUGAGUUCUUUGACAUCCGUAUUUAACAGUGCCGCAACGGUGUUUACUAUGGAUCUGUGGAAGAAAUUCCGAAAACAAGCCGGGGAACGAGAGCUUCUUGUUGUUGGAAAGGUAUUCGUCGUUAUUUUGGUAGCUAUCAGUAUUGCAUGGAUUCCCCUUAUCCAGGCAGCACAGCAAGGACAGUUAUUUAUGUACAUUCAGGCCGUCACUGGGUACCUGGCCCCGCCCAUCUGCUCUGUAUUUCUCCUGGCCGUAUUCGUACCUAGAGUGAACGAACAGGGAGCCUUCUGGGGAAUGCUGAUUGGUCAAAUAACAGGAAUAACCAGGAUGAUAUUGGACUUUAUAUAUCCUUCUCCCAAAUGUGGGGAUGUUGAUGAUCGACCGACAGUUAUCUCUAAAGUCCAUUUCACAUAUUUCGCUGCUAUGGUCCUAGUUGAAACAGCUAUAGUAGCUGUUGCCGUUAGUUUAAUGACUAAACGACAACCACCGGAACAGAUAAAAGGGCUUACAUUUUGGACUAUAGAACCCAUCAGAACCUUUCGUAAAGAUGAGGAACAUGAACAAACUACCUCAUUCAAUAAAAACACGUAUGAUACACCACUCAAUACCCGAACCUCCUUAGAGCUUGACAUAUCUCAAGAAGUUUACAAGAAUAGUAAAGUCAAUGGCGAUGCUUCUAUGGGAUACGAUAAGGACAACGCAAAACGUCUAUCACAGCAAAAACUUCAUAUCGAUAAAAAGACAAAUUUAUUUUUGAACGCUUGUGCCAUUCUUCUGAUUUGUGUAUUUGUACUUUUGUAUGCAAUUUUCCAUUAA